AUGUUGGGCUGGGUCCAGAAGGUGCUGCCUCAGCCCCCAGGAACUCCCCAGAAAACCAAGUUGGAGGAGGAGGAAAUAACAGAACCACAGCCAGAGCUGCAGGGAGAGCUACAGCCAGAGCCGGAGUUACAGCCAGAACCACAGUCACAGCCUGAGCCUGAAGCAGCUCCUAAGGAGGCAGUACCAGAGGAUGAGGCCCUGCCUCAUGAAGAGCCAGCUGAUGUGGAGGGAGUGGCUGAGGCAGACCCAGGCUUCCAGGGGUGGAAUCCCAGCAGCUGGGUGCUAACCUGGCUCUGGAAGGGCAUGGAGAAGGUGGUGCCACAGCCGGUCUGCAGUAGCAGGGCAGCCGCUGCCGGAGCAGAGGACACAGCUCAGGAUGGAGAACACAUCAAGGGGCCCUGCGAUGCUGGAGACACAGAUGGGGUCCUUGGGGAUCAGGAUGCUGGACCCGGUCCAUGGCUGAUCAGGUGGCUGGAGCAGAAUCUGGAGAAGGUGCUGCCUCAGCCCCCGAAACCCACGGAGGCCUGGAAAGCUGAGCCUGUGGAUGCUGUCUUGGCCCCAGAGCUCCCAGAACCAUCGCUGGAGAUGGAGCUCACAGAGAGCCCCGCCCUGCCCAACCCGGGUCCCCUGGAGCCCGAGGAGGAGCUGUGUCCAGAACCCCAGCCUGGCUUUCAGACAUCCUCCCUGCCACCACCCGGAGACCCUGCUAAGCUGAUGGCGUGGCUCCUACGCAGGCUGGAGAUGGCCCUUCCACAGCCUGUGCUCCAUGGGAAGGCUGGGGAGCAGCAGCCUGGCUCCUUAGAGACAUGUGAUGUGCAGACCAUCAGCAUCCUCCCCAUGGAGCAAGUAGAGCCUGACCUAGUCCUGGAAGAGGUUGAUCCGCACUGGGAGGACACGCAGCAGCACAGCAGCCCCAGCCCUGUUCUAGCUUUUGAAGAGGAGAUGGAAGUUAUAGUGGAGAUGCCCAGGGAGCUGCCUCGGAUUCAGGAGGAGAAGGAAGAUGAAGAGGAAGCAGAGGAGGAGGAAGAGGAGGAAGAAGAGGAGUUGAUGGAUGUCCUGCUGGAUAGCUGCUUGCUGGUACAGGCGAGUGUGGACCAGAGUGGAGUAGACGGGACAGAGCUUCAGACAGCAUCACUGCAGGUAGGAGAGCCGGGCCACUGGGUACCAGGAGCUGCAGGAGGAGUCUCAGGCCAACAGCUCAGCAGCCCCCAGGGUCACACCUCUGCCUGCCUGCAACCUUCUGGCCCCAGCACCAUGGCUAACUCAGGCCGAGAUAUGCAGCUGAACCGUCUAGUCCAGGACCAACCUCCUGGCCAGGUGGCCCCCAGGCCUGCCCCCCCAAAUCUGGCAGAGCAUCUCCCCAAUGUGCCCAGUUACCGCCCCCCAAUCACACGUAUCCCUGUCCUCGUCUCCCGGAGAACGGCCUUGUCCAGCUCCAGCUUCGCCAAGGAGAAAAGGAGCUCCAUCCGGCGCCUGGUGCCGGCCACAAAUGAGCACCCAGAGGUGCAGGUGGAAGACACUGACGCUGACAACCACCCCCUCAUCGCUGAGGAGAAACCCCCCUCCCCUGAACAGUUGCCACCUUCGCCUGCCAAGUCUGACACCCUUGCUGUCCCUGGAUCGGCUGCGAGCACUCACAGGAGGAAGCUGCCCUCUCCGGAUGAUGAGGCGGAAGAGCUCAAAGCACUGUCACCAGUUGAGUCCCCGGUGGUCGCCUGGUCGGACCCCACCACCCCACAGGAGGCAGAUGGACAGGACCGCGCAGCCUCCUCGGCCAGCCAGAACAGUGCCAUCAUCAACGACCGGCUGCAGGAGCUGGUGAAGCUCUUCAAGGAGCGGACGGAGAAGGUGAAGGAGAAGCUCAUCGAUCCCGAUGUCACCUCGGAUGAGGACAGCCCCAAGCCCUCCCCAGCCAAGAAAGCCCCUGAGCCAACCGCCGUGGCAAAGCCCACUGAGCCGGAACAGCCUGAGGAAGAGGAGCACUACUGUGACAUGCUGUGCUGCAAGUUCAAGCGCAAGCCCUGGAAGAAGUACCAGUUCCCUGAGAGCAUCGACCCGCUGACCAACCUGAUGUACAUCCUGUGGCUGUUCUUUGUGGUGCUGGCCUGGAACUGGAACUGCUGGCUGAUCCCCGUGCGCUGGGCCUUCCCCUACCAGACGCCGGACAACAUCCACCUGUGGCUGCUGAUGGACUACCUGUGUGACCUCAUCUACUUCCUGGACAUCACCGUCUUCCAGAUGCGCCUGCAGUUUGUCAGAGGCGGGGACAUCAUUAUGGACAAGAAGGAGAUGCGGAAUAACUACCAGAAGUCUCGCCGAUUUAGGAUGGAUCUGUUGUCCCUGCUGCCCUUGGAUUUUCUGUACUUGAAGUUUGGCGUGAACCCCCUCCUUCGCCUGCCUCGCUGUUUGAAGUACAUGGCCUUCUUUGAGUUUAACAACCGUCUGGAAGCCAUCCUCAGCAAAGCCUAUGUUUACAGGGUCAUCAGAACCACCGCCUACUUGCUGUACAGCUUGCACCUGAACUCCUGUCUUUACUACUGGGCAUCAGCCUACCAGGGCAUUGGCUCCACUCACUGGGUGUACGAUGGUGUGGGAAACAGUUACAUUCGCUGCUAUUACUGGGCCGUGAAGACUCUCAUCACCAUCGGGGGGCUUCCUGAUCCCCAGACGCUCUUUGAAAUUGUCUUCCAGCUGCUGAACUAUUUCACUGGUGUCUUUGCUUUCUCUGUGAUGAUUGGACAGAUGAGAGAUGUGGUAGGUGCUGCCACCGCUGGCCAGACCUAUUAUCGCAGCUGCAUGGACAGCACCGUGAAGUACAUGAACUUCUACAAGAUCCCCAGGUCCGUGCAGAACCGUGUCAAGACCUGGUACGAAUACACCUGGCACUCCCAAGGCAUGCUGGAUGAAUCGGAGCUGAUGGUGCAGCUUCCAGACAAGAUGCGGCUGGACCUGGCCAUCGACGUGAACUAUGACAUCGUCAGCAAAGUGGCACUCUUUCAGGGCUGUGACCGGCAGAUGAUCUUCGACAUGCUCAAGAGACUUCGCUCGGUGGUCUACCUACCCAAUGACUACGUGUGCAAGAAGGGGGAGAUUGGCCGUGAAAUGUACAUCAUCCAGGCUGGGCAGGUGCAGGUGCUGGGCGGCCCGGAUGGGAAGGCUGUGCUGGUGACGCUCAAAGCCGGAUCUGUGUUUGGAGAGAUAAGCUUGCUGGCGGUUGGGGGAGGGAACCGGCGCACAGCCAAUGUCGUGGCUCACGGCUUCACCAACCUCUUCAUUCUGGACAAGAAGGACUUGAAUGAAAUUUUAGUGCAUUAUCCUGAAUCUCAGAAGUUACUCCGGAAGAAAGCCAGGCGUAUGCUGAGGAGUAACAACAAGCCCAAAGAACAGAAGAGUGUACUCAUCCUCCCCCCACGUGCGGGCACCCCCAAACUCUUCAAUGCGGCUCUGGCUGCAGCAGGAAAGAUGGGGGCCAAGGGAGCCAAAGGCGGUGGCAAGCUCGCCCACCUCCGGGCCCGGCUCAAGGAGCUGGCGGCGCUGGAGGCAGCAGCAAGACAGCAGCAGUUGCUGGAACAGGCCAAGAGCGCGCAAGAAGCCGCUGGAGAGGGAGAGGCAGGCUCAGCCCCUGCAGAUCAGCCGGCUCCCCCAGAACCCCAGGACGAGCCCACAACCACUCAGCCUCCACCCCCACCAGCAUCCAAGCCUGAAGGAGGCAGCGAGAAAGAGGCAGAGGCGGCCAGGCCCUCGCAGCUGUCUGUGGAGCUGAGUGAUGUCCUCAGCAAACCUCCACGAUCUCUAGGACUCCAAGCCCCUCCGAUCAUCACCCUCUUCAAGUCUGUCUGGUCAGGGACCAUGGACCUGCCUGUGCCCGGGAGCCCUCAUCUGCAAGCUGGAGAGAAUGACAAGAACGCUGGAUUAGUGAUGGGCAUCAACACGCCCAGCCCAGGAGAUGAAGAUGAAGCCCUGGUCUAG